GAGGCCACGCAGGACAGGAGACUGAGGUUGUCAAAGAAGACGGGGAGGAGCCGGUCCCGUGUCCCUGCCCCAACUGCUGGCUGCCUCGUUUGGGUGCCACGGGAGGUAUUUAACAGCCUCAGAGCUCGGCGAGGUAGCACAGACCAUGCCAGCACCCGGCUCGCACUGUAUGGCCCCCUCCACCCAUCACCUCCCGAGGCUUCUCGCUCCCUUCACAGCAGCGUGCCAUUCUAAUUAAAAGAGAAAAGAAUCAGUAUCUUCUCCUUCCAAGUGCCUAAUUUUUGCAUGGGGAUGCAAGGAUGUGACCCGAAGAUUACAUAAUUAGAAGGCAUUUGUUAUGCUUGCGUUUCAAAUCAGUGAUUAGCAUGUGACAGUCCCGUCCUGGGAAACGCCAAGCCACCGUUGCUCUCCUCUCUCUCCUUCCUUGCACACUGCUAAUUCCCAACUCUGGCAACCGCCAGCGCUGAAGGCUCUUCAACUAGCCUGGGGGUUCAGACCAGCUGACCCAGCGCAGGGCUCCCAUGUGGGCAACUCUCAGCCAUGGGAUGUUCCCAGUGACCAGCCAGAACCCUCCAGAGUGAGGACAGGAGUCCCCGCAAGGACGCACACCCUAUAGCAGCCAUGGAUUCAAACAAACAAGAAGGAGAGACUGAAAGUGUGCCUGUGAGUACCCCCGCAACACAGAUUUCCCAGGACUCAAGCGCCUGAGUUCCCCGGGGUGGCUGUCCUCUUACCACCAGUGCUCCAGUUUUGGACUCAGUUUAUAACCAGAUGUUAGGCCGAAUUUCUGUUGUAAAGUUGCAGGCAUUAGCCUCUGAGUUGAAGGCGGGUUUCACAGAAGCAAUGCAGGAGCUGUCGCGAAUCCAGCAUGGCGAGUACGCCCUGGAGGAGAAGGUCAAGAGCUGCCGCUGUGCCAUGGAAGAGAAAGUGGCUGAGAUGAAGAACUCCCUCAACACCUUCAAGGAGGAGCUCAGCGAUGCAAAGUCAAUGAUUGAAGAAAUCAGUGCCAAGCAGGAGGAAAUGCAACAGAAAAUUGAGCAGCUUCAGCAGGAGAAGAGGCGGGAAUCACGGAAAGUGAAAGCUAAAAGAGCACAAAAGGAUGACCACAGCUCACAGACAGUGCCUACACCUCUCCAGGGCAGCCCAUUUCGAUCCAUUAACCUCCCAGAACCUGUGAUGAUCAACGAAGAUUUUACAAGCCUUUUGCACAACGUGACUUAUGAAAAAGUGUCUGACACCAGGAUCAUGCCGAUAGGAGAUGGAAGUGUUAAAGUCGUAGCAGGUCCAGGACCAACCCUGGAGACAGAUGACAGCCUCAAGCCUCCCAUGACAACAGAUGGCCAGUCAAAGGUGCACCUGCCAUCAACAGUAUGGAAGCAGCCCAAGGACACCAAGGACUGGGGAGACGAAUACAUCUCCAAAGAGCAACCAGAAAGAGGGAAAGACAUGGGCCAAAGCAGAUACAGCUCAGCUGACAACAUUAUAUGCGAACCCUCUUUGGCUGCCAAAAGGCAGAACAUCGCUUUGGAGCUGCUGGAGUCAGAAAGGAAAUACGUCAUCAACCUUUCCCUGAUCCUGAAGAUCAAGGCCACAUUGCAAGGGCCAGAUGUGAAGAGGAGCACCAAAGAGAGAAGUUUCUUCCCCAACUCCCUGCGGUACCUGGUCCAGCAGCACGUUGAUUUACUUCAUGCUCUCCAGGAGCGAGUCCUGAGCUGGCCACGCCAAGGGAUCCUAGGAGACAUCUUCCUGAAGUUAACAAACGAUGAGAACAAUUUUCUGGACUACUACGUUGCUUACCUGAGGGACCUGCCAGAAUGCAUCUCCCUGAUCCACGUGGUGAUCCUGAAGGAGGUAGAAGAAGAAAUCAAAUCUGAUCUCUACAUUCUGUUCUUCCAUAUAGUCCAGCGAAUCCCUGAAUACCUCAUUCACCUACAGAAUGUCCUGAAGUUCACGGAGCAAGAACAUCCCGAUUAUUACCUGCUGCUGGUGUGUGUGCAGCGCCUCCGGGUUUUCAUCUCACACUACAGCCUCCUCUUCCAAUGCAACGAAGACCUGCUGAUACAGAAGAGGAAAAAGCUGAAGAAGUCGUCCCUGGUGAAGCUGUACAAAGGACUCACCUCCCAGUGCACAAGCCAAGAGGUUUCUCCAACACCCAGCGCGGCCUCCAUCCGGGACAGCGGGAUCCACUCAGAAGAGGCAAUCCAGUCGUUCCCACCAGCACCUUCCUCUGGCACGCCAACCCCGCAUUUGAUGCCCCAGAUGAAGAAACCCCAGCCAACUGUCAUGGAGAACAUCCAGGCUGUAAAGCCCCCUGACUGGGAAAUGGAGAGCAGAAAACAUGAGAGGCCAGAGAAUAUCCUUGCAUCCUCUCAGCUCACGGAGCAAGAACUCAAGGCUCUGACAGCUCCCUUACAAUCCAUCCCAGAAAUGGAGUACGAAGCACCACCUGCCGACGCUGUAGGAAACACAGAGAGAGCCAUCAGGACCUCUGUGGAGCUGCUGCAGGAUGCAAGGAACUUCGCACCAAGCUACGAAGAGUUCGACUACCCUGGAGAGGUGUUCACCCUGCCAGGCCCCUACGAAGACGAUGCCUUCCAAAACCUCGCUCUCUUUGAGAAUUGCUCCCCAGCCUCCUCCGAGUCCAGCUUAGACAUUUGUUUCCUCAGGCCUGUUAACUUCACGUCAGAACCAGAGAGGACAGAUCAUGCCUUACAGCCGUUGCCUAAGAGCUGUACCCCCGUCAGCAGCAGUACUUACAAGCGCGAGAUGUUCCACAGCAAAGGCAAGCAGCUGAGCAGGUCUCUGAAGGAGCUGCCGAGGAGCGCCGAGGGUGUGAGCUCCAGACUCUACAGCACACGGAGCAGCAGUGGGAGCCGGCUACAGCAGAAGCAGGAGAGGAAUGUCCAGCCUCACAUGAUCUCAGCCUCAUCCCGAAGCUCCCAAAGGAGCUACUUCCCCCCACAGAGAGGAGCGGGUGAAAAACAGAGCUUUUUGGAAGAGCUCCAUGCAGAAGACAACACCAGGUUCUGCCAGAAGGAUGACAAUGAGCAAACAUCCUUCAGCGACCACAACCCGCGGCACGAGCCCAAGGGGGGUUUCCGGAGCUCCUUCCGCAAGCUCUUCAAAAAGAAAUAAGCAGCCCCAAAAAAAAAUAAAAGGCAGGCCACAGCCUAAGCGCGGCAGUGCUUCCCCAGGUCCCUGAGGGUGGAGACAGACAGCGAGGCCCCGAGAUGUCCCCCGACUAACACAGUAGGCGGAGGGGUGGGGGAGAGGAGACUGUCACGACUGCCUCACAAACGCGUCCUGCUCUUCCUAGCACAGGGGAGGGCCAGGCUAUGGGUUGGAGCAGAGCUCAGGCAGCAGGUCCAGAAAGCACAGGAACUUGCUAGCUUUUACCCCUGCCUGACUUAACUUUCCUCAGAGUUUUGGAAAGCUUGAGCCAAAUCCCGUUAUCUUCUCCUCCCCCUCAUCCCUCAACACUGCUUGAUUUGCCACACAUCUUCGCUCUUCCAAAUACAAGCCCGGCCUAAUUUGGGCUCACCCGCAACAAAGGGGUUGCAUUUGCAGCCUUGGCAUCCUGGCCAGAAGUCUGAAAUUCCCCUCUUUCCAAAGAAAAACCACCAUCAGAGAUGUCUUCCAGGAGGCCGGCUCACACUACCCAGUUGGUUUGAGAAGGACUAACAAGCAUCAGCUGAAGCACCUGGGCUUUGUACUGCUUCAUCAGCAUCACCCCUUUUUUUUGGACUUGCAUCACUCCCUGAAAUCCUCCUCCACCUUUUAAUCGAUGCACUGUUGUUUCUUGACUUGCCUCCUCCUGUACGAAUCUCCGCUCUUGCUGGAGACAGAUGACCAGGGCCUGCCACAAGAGACAAAGACUCUCCUCCAUUCUACACCCACGGUGGAUCGAUGCAGACACUGCAGCAGUCAACCAGCUCCCCAUACGCAAUACAUCUUAAAUACUCUCUGCUAACUCUCUUUUGACCUGGCACCACCUUACGAGCCCGAGCACACGAAGCACCUUGCUGUGGAGUAGUUCUUCUAUAAAUAAUUGAGGCACCAGGGCAGGAAAGCCAAUGGAGCCCCAAGUUCAGAGUUAGAGCAUUCCUUCACGCACAAAGACACGCUUCUCCCCACAAAGCCAUACACAUGCCCUCACCACACCUCGACACGACAAACCCUUGGCAGCACCAUUCUUCGUAGAAAACGACAGAUUUUGUCUUUUUAGAUGAUAUGGAGAGAAACAAAGCCCUCUGGUGCAUUAUUCAUGCCACACCCCAGCAGCCUGUUGGUACAGGGCUGUGACACAAACUGAAUUUUGGACAUGAGUAGGGCAGUUUGAAGACUAAACAUGGUUUUUACCUGCUCUUUUGGCAGGGUUGUGACACUGGUCUAUCAUGAAGGACAGUUUCACCUGAAAAGAUUGUGAACUGUCUGCAUGGGGCCAACAGCAGCCACUGGGGAGAAGGGGUUGCAUGGCUGUGAGAUUAGGGGCUUGGGACUAACACUACUGCAGGGUGACUGAAUCUGGUGCUGAGAAGAGCACCCACCAUGCCGUACGGCUCUCCAGACAGCAGCAAUGGUGCAGGGAGGGCAGGGAAGAAGUGUCCUUGCCACAGUGGCUCACCCCGAGGCAGAUGCAGGGCCUGCAGCUCUCCCAUACUGCCAACUGAAAGCAUUUGCCAUCUGCUUUACCUCCUCUGUUGGAGAAGAGGAGGUGGGUGGGAAAAGGGUUAUUCACACCUAAAACAAACAAAAUCCAUCUUCUAUCAAAGUUUUCCCAACAUUUCAAGAAAGUGACCAAACUAAAACUUCAGAGACAAAAAUGUCACAGACGAUGCCUGCCCCAUAGAUUUUAGUGGACCCAAAAUAGCUACCAAAAAUCCACCUCUCCUCCUUCUGAGGUGAGGGGGGAAAUAUAUCCUUUGUUUGUUUUGCAUCUUUUGGAAACUAUCCUGGGAAGAUUUAUUAUUUAUGGUUUUUAAUGACAAAAAGAAUUCCAUCUCUCCAUUUCUCACAUCCUCAUUAAAUGACAAAUUCUCUGGCCCUUCCCAACCGGAGCUACUCCACACUGAACAGCCACUGCCUCACCAACACACCCCUAGAACUUCACAGCUCUCAGUCAGUGCACAGCCAGGAAAGAAAUACAUAAUAAGAGCCAGGUAUUUGUAACUGAGCCAUCAGCAAAGCCUGUUUGUUCUGCAGAGAAAUCAGCCACUGACAGACCUACUUGUUUGUACAUGGACCCAGAGUCUUAUCAAUAUGGAUGAGUUUCCUUCCCCACAUCAUCCCUAUCCUGUCAUGCUGAAUUUACUUGCUGAGAAAUACUUGGAUUUUGAAUUUCAGUCCAAUGUAAUGCACUGAUGCCGUCAAGGGCUCUGAGUCUUGUGUCUUUGUGUGUCACACAUGACAAGAUCUCUGUCCUUCACAGAACAAACUUGCUCCUCACACUUGCCAGACAGAUACCAGGGUAGAAACAGCACAAGAAGAAAAACCUACGUGCUAACAUCUCCUGGGUGAGGAAAUCCUUCUAGAGUGGCAGACCCUUGCUUGUAAAAUGCACAUGGAUUUUAGCUUCUAUUUUAGUGAUUUAAGGCAUGGUCAGAAUUGAUGGUUAUUAUUUCUUUCUGAUCCUGUAUGAGUUCUUACUUCCAGGCCUAUAUUUAUCAUUUGAGAUAUCCUGAGUAUUUCCUUGUACCUGCUCAGAACUUGCAAAAUGUAAAUAAAACAAAUGAAAACUGCUCAGCACCACAACAGAAACACAGCCUCUUGCAGGAUCUGACCCAACUUCACCUUUAGUAUGUGUAUGUACUCUGGAAUAUUUUUCUUCCUGUGCCAAAUAAACGUUGCUUUUAAAUAA